UUAUGGGGAUUUUUUGUAUUUUAUUAUGCUUAUUCGAUUUCCGUGGGGGCUCGGACAUCGAUUCUAGGGGGUCCAUUAAACCCACACCUGCGGUCAUUCACCUCCGGAUGCUGCUGUUCUUGGGAGUAGGGUGGUGGUGGGAUGUAGAGGGGCUGUGUCCCUUCAGGAAUGGAUGGGCGCAUAAAUAGAGCUAGGGUUCUCCUAAUGAGGACUACAGCUGUGGUAAUGAUCACAGUGGCAUUUACCCUCCACACUCCCUCCCUGCUACGGUACUUGCCAUCACCAGUCUGGAACAGAUAAUGUAUGAUACGAUAUUUUCCUCUUUUUCAAAUUAAUGUAGUCUUUCCACAGAGAUGUGAAGCGUGGAGGGGGGGGGGUCUGAUAAGGGCCUGAGGAGAAGGUAGGAACAUUUAUAUUUCUCUGUGUCCCAAAUGGCAUCUUAUUCCCUAUGUAGUGCACUACAUUCGGUCAAAGCCCUAUGGGCAACCUUUUAUGUUCAGCCCUCUGGUAAUGGUUCCUGUUGGGGCAGGUCUGCCACGAUAGGGUACUUUCCUUUUGCUGUCACAGUGUGUGAAUAUAUAGACUCAGGAUUACUAUGAGGAUAGGUUGUGUAACUGUUGUUGGGAUACUGCUGUGUGUGUUCCAUCUCCACAAAAGGAGGGGGCAUGAACUAUGCAGUCGGCCAUAGUUCAUGCGGUCACUUGAAGGGCGACACCUUCGUAUCGGCUGCAGGGCAAAAGGAUGGGGAUGCAGGUCUUUGUCAUCAGUCGGUUUCUAUUGUGCUCUGAGUGACAAUUGACGAAACACACAAAGCCACCGCCAAGCGAGCACCAAUGUCAAAUCAAACCUCAAAACUCUCGGCUGUCUAAAUGAUAUAUUGAACCAAUUAAAGGUACACCAACAAAUCUUGAACUGCUCAUUUCAGUCAGCCAUUCAAAUAUGCCGCGAUGAAAAAUAUUAGCUUAUUACUGUCUUUAAUCACAUUCUCAGGCUGCCCAUUUGCUGAGAGGACAUUAGCUUAAUCUGAAUCAAUGACCUUCAGGUUAGUCUAGUCUAGUUCUUUAACCACUCUCACACCACGUUUCUCUCAGUCCACCACUCAGUUCUCCUUAGUGGGGCUGUAGCUCACAGGCAACAAGGAUGUGUGGCUGGCACGUCUUUUAUGGGACACUGAAAAGGAUGGAAUUGUAUGUUCUGUUGCUAAGGAGAUGGAAGGAGGAAGUACGAAUCGCUAAGCUGCUCACUCUAUUUUAUUGUUAUGUUUUUUUCUCUCUUUUGAGCCCAGGCAACAUUGAGAAGAGACUGACGCACCAUGGCACGCUGUCCAAGACACAAAAGCCCACUGGAGCCUGCACUGAGGAAUUAUCUGCUGUCAGGACCCGCGCCUGCACCAGGGCGAUAGGGAGAGACGGAGCCAAGGAGCCAGGCUCAGGCCACAGCAAGGUGAGGGUGCCGCCGUGCCGGAGAGGAGGAGACUCGCAACUCGCCGAUGGCGUCCUCCGCCAUGCAGAUCCUCGCCUUUGUCCUGGCGCUGCUGGGCGUCCUGGGCGCCACUGUGGCCACGCUGCUGCCCAACUGGAAGGUGAGUGCCGACGUGGGCUCCAACAUCAUGACCGCCAUCUCCCAGAUGCAGGGGCUGUGGAUGGACUGUACCUGGUACAGCACCGGCGUGUUCAGCUGCACCUUGAAGUACUCUGUUCUUUCACUGCCUGCCUACCUGCAGACUGCCCGGACGACAAUGGUUCUGUCGUGCAUGAUGGCUUGCCUUGGCCUCUGUCUCGCUGCCCUGGGGCUCAAAUGUACCCGCUGGGGAGGCAGUCACCGGGCAAAGAGGCACGCGGCCAUCGGAGCGGGGGGUUGCUUCAUCUUGGCUGGUAUCCUCUGCCUGGUGCCCGCUUCUUGGUUCACCAACGAGGUAAUCACUACCUUCCUGGACUCCAACGUACCCGAGAGCAGUAAAUACGAGCCUGGGGGGGCCGUGUACGUGACCUUUGUCUCUGCCGGCCUACUGCUGGCCGGUGGGGUCAUCUUUUGUUUGUCGUGUCCCGGGAAAAGAGAGGGGCAGUUGGACUACACCUCGACAUCCACCUCUACCACCUUUCCUGACAAACUACUGCAGCAGCAGAUAAACCAGGAGCAAAUACAGCGCGACCAGCUCCAGCGUGACCUGAUACUGCAGGAGCAACUGCAACGGGGGCAGAAGGACUUUGAACAGCAGACGUCGCCUAACGAGCAGUCAAGCCGCGAGCAGCUACAAUGGGGUGACAAAGGGCCCCAGGAUGAGGCCCAAGCAGCUGACGAAAUCCAGCAGGAGGAGCCUCUACAUGAGAAGCCUCUACAUGAAGACAAGGGAACGCAGCAGUUCUACUCUCCAUCCAGAGUCCCUCCAAAAGACGCCCGGGCUGGCUACAGCCUGCAGGACUAUGUUUAAUAUGUUUAAUCCCUAAACCCUACUCUUGUUAGCGGGGUGGAGGGAGAAUCCUGAGGACAUUCUACUGACUGCCUUUGUGAGAGGGAGAGAGUGGAGGAGAGAAAAAAGGGUGAGGAAGGAAGAAGGUAAUGACUUUGACAGCCUUAUCGCCCCCUCUCAUCUCUUCUCUCUUGCUACUGCAAGCGCAAGCAGUAAAGCUAUUCCCAAAGUCUUGGAGAAAGGCAGCUUGUGGAUUCAGAAUCCUGGGGUAAAUGCCUCCUUGACUGCUGCUGUGGUGGGCGGAAAGACACAAGGGUAGGGUAAGGGUAGGGUAGAGGAGAGGUGUCAUAAAAAUGCACAAGCGCAGCACAAGUAUUGUAUAUCCGGUGACAAGUUCCUUUAAAAAUGGACGCGGAGGCUUUUCCAUACCAAAGGUUUGAUGAGAAAAGAGUGCUGAUGAUAAUUAGCUGCUAAUAAUAUGACAUCAUUACUUUUGCAUAGUAAGUUACCCACUGGGCACACACUGGUUGAAUAAACACUGUUUCCAUGUCAUUUCAAGGAAAUUACGUUGAACCAACGUGGACUAGACGUUUAUGUGUCUGAAAAACGAAGAUGUUCAUUGCAAGCUUGCAACUCUUAGACCCCAUUUGCCUUGUGAGAUUAAAAUAAUCAUCCUCAAUCCUAUUUUCAAAAGAUAAACAGACUGAUUGAUAUUCAGUCUUCUUAGCAUGCUUGUUAAAUAAUGCAGCUCGUUAAGUUAUCUGUAGCUUGUUAAAUAAUGCAGUGGAAUGGAGAGUAGUUAGUGAAACAUAGCUACCAAAGCAUGUGCCUAAAAUGUGUUUGUAGAAUUUCAACUGUUUGUAAAGGAGAAUUACAGAAGACUAAAGAAAUGAAAAGGGAGUUCAGGUUCCCACCAACACCAUACACACACAUCCAGUCCAUCUUGGAGGGGAAUAAGGUACAUGGCAGCAGGGCAGACUUAGUGAUUUGGAGGCCCCAGGCAGAGGCCAGUCUGAGCCCCUCUCCUGUAAUUUUAACUGUAAAAAUGUAUUUCCGUUUAAUGUGCCAUGAACACAACCAGACACGAUGUUUCCAUCUGAUUGUCAAACAAAUCACUUCAAAAGUAGGGUCCCUUCGCACGUUCAUCCAAAAUAAUUCCAGCAUUCCUUAAAUAGGCAAGUGGCUAAAACGAUCUCACCGGAGAAAGCAUAUGAGCGAGCAAAACAGCACCCCUCUGUCUUACUAUAUGUAACCCAUGUAUCUGAUGCUGUCUGGACAAAAAGAAUAUGACAUGACAUAAUCUUUUUAUCCAGGCAGAAUCAGAUACAGUGUCUAUAGAAAGACGACAACCCCUAGGAUUUCUGCACAUUUUAUUGUGCAACAAAGUUGGAUUAUAACGGAUGUAAUUGUUGACAAAAAAAUCUACACAAAAUGCUCUGUAGUGUUUUUUAUUUUUUUUAUUACUGAAAAUGUAAACACUAAUAUUCCUUGAUCUUUCUUGUGCUUUGCUCCAUCCCGUUUCUUUUCAUCCUGAAAAACACCCCAGAUGUCAAGCAUACCCAUACCAUGAUGCAGUCACUACCAUGCUUGAAAAUAAGGAGGCAGUUAUUCAGUGAUGUGUUGUGUUGGAUUUGCUCCAAACAUAAGGUUUUGCAUUUAGGCCAAAACUUUCAUUCCUUUGCCUCGUUUUUUUUUCUUCAGUAUUACUGUAGUGAUUUGUUGCAUACAUAUGCAUGUUUUGCAAUAUUUUGAUUCUGUUUAUUUGUAUUUCUCUUUUCACUGUCAUUUAGGUCAUUAUUGUGGAGUCACUACAAUGUUGUUGAUCCAUCCUAAGUUUUCCCCCAUCACAGCCAUCUACCACUCACUGCCCUUUUUUAAUGAGGCUUUCAAAAAGCUCCCUGGUCCUUGUAGUUUAAUCUGUGCUUGAAAUUCAAUACUUGACUGAGGGACCUUACAGAUGUUGUAUGUUUGGGGGACAGUGGAAGGGGUAGUCAUUCAAAAAUCAUGCCAACCCCUAUUAUUUCACCCAGAGUGAGUCAAUAUAAGUUAUGUGAUUUGUUAAGCCAAAUUCUACUUCUGAACUAAUUUAGGUUUUUCCUAAACAAAGGGGGUGAAUACUAAUGCACGACUAUAUUUGAGUUAUUUCAUUUUUAUUAAUUUGUACAAAAUGUGUAGAAUUGUCUUUUCACUUUGACAUUAUGGAGUAUUUUGUGUAGAUCAAUUGAUUUUUUUUAUUUUAUUUUUUACAAUUCAAUGUAUUUCAAUCCCACUUUGUGAUGCAACAAAAUGUGAAAAAACUUGAAGGAGGUAUAGACUUUCUAUAGGCACUGUACAUGGGCUACACAUACAUGUCCUCUGCCUUGACGAUGAUAGCAGUAUUAUCAGCAGCACCUGUCUUUUUACUAAAGAAAUGCGUAUUUGUAUCCAUCUAGAGUCAAAGGGCCCGGGCUUGGUUUCUACUAAGCUAACAUAUGGAAUUGUUUUAAGAUGGUCAUACCAAGGAUUAUUUAUCUAUUUGAUUUGGAAUUUUAAAGACCCCUGUAGGUAUUAAAACAUUUAAAAUAAAGUAGCCUUACUGCUACUAGCCAAUAGAAACACAUUGAAUAUCAGAUUCAUACAUAGAAAAACAGAUCGUAAAAAAAGUUAUCAAAAGGAUUCCUAACUCCUAAUAUUGAGUUGCACAAUCCAGGUCUCAAUUGUCUCAAGGCUUAAAAAUCCUUCUUUAACCUGUCUCCUCCCCUUCAUCUACACUGAUUGAAGUGGAUUUAACUUUCAUAGCUUUCACCUGGUCAAAAUAUGUAAUGGAAAGAGCAGGUGUUCUCAAAUGUUUUUUACACUCAGUGUAUAUUUUGAAGUGUCUGUCCUAUGUCUGAGAGAUAUAAGAAACAUCAGAAGAAAAAAAAAAAGGUUUACUGUGGAAUUACCCGUAAACUUUACAUGGAAAUGCCCUGUUCACUUCCAUAACUUUUUUGGGCCCGACACGGGGUUACCUUCAGACAAGUCCUGUGACACUUAUGGGGUAGAGCAAAAUGGAAAACACAAUAGUGUUCGUGAGUCUCAUCAUUCCAUAGAGGGUUCAUAUUAGUGUGCAGCCUAAACCGCUCGGACACUACAGAUGUUUUUGUGAGAAGACGAUUUUCGGGAUGCCAGCUGGUUUGACAAACACCUCUGUAGGUCGGCCACCUUCCACCACAGUUGCAGAAGGCUGGCGGAUCAUAGACAUUAAAACCAGUGGUGGAUGUGGUGGAUUGAGACGCAGCCCAUGCAAAAAAACAUAUCUCUAGCUUAAACAGAUGGAUUUUGAUGGGGAUGAUUUUUUUGGGAGUUUAUGCCUCGAGCGGAGCAUGGGGGGGUGUGUUUAAAAAAAAAAUAUAUAUAUAUAUAUUUUUAUUUUAUUUUUUUAUGCCCAGCUCAUGAGGCCCAUUGAUGAUGUGAGGCCUGAAGCAAUUUCCUCUUCUGCCUAAUGGUAAGUCCACCAGCGCGUGGCAGCGCAGGCUGUCGGAGAUAAUGAUCCUCUUUGCUUUCCCAUUAUCACCUCGCUACGGCUAGAUGCACACUACUCAUUUACUGCACACCCCCCUGAACACACACACAUACACUCUCGUCCUUCCUCUAUCUGCCUCGCCCCCUAGCUCCCUCCCUCUCUAGCUGCGAGGCUAAAAGGGUCUUGUACCCAAUCAUCUUUAAGGCAUGUGUCCUUGUGUCAUUCACAGAGGGUUCUAAUCUACCUGGAACCAAAAAAGGUUAUCCUUUGGGGACAGCCAAAGAACCCUUUUGGAACCCUUUUUUCUAAGAUUGUAGGUCUCGAUUGCAGUGCUGCUCUUGUUUUGGAAAAGCGACAUCAUGGCAAUAAAAAUCCAGAAAUGUUUUGUAGGUUUAUUGUGUCAUUGUGUGUUUACCUCACUUGACAGGACAUAUGCUCUGUUUUUUCUCUACCUGUAUGUGAGAGAACAAAAAUAACUACAAUGGCUCCACUGGGUAAAAGGUUUCCUAAUUUGAGAGGGUUUGUUUCACAAAGCUGACUUUCCCCCUCAAAAAUCAUAAAUGUCAUUCUGCCUCUGAUCAGAGAGGAAAGUACAUUUGAUGCCUCGGAGAACCAAUACUUCACUAUGUUCUUAUCGAUAUUCAUGUUCGCAACAUGGAAUACAAAUAUCUAGGCUAGAUUCUAGAAUAAUGCUUAAAAACAAUGCUUGAUAAUGCAUAUGCUUUCACUUUUUAAACCGGGAAUAUGAACUAUUUGAUUAAAUAUGGUUUACAUGUAUUUUUCCUAUUUGAGAAUGGUCUACUUUAUUAUGAUUAAGGGCAUAACUUUGAUGAGUGUGAAUUUACUGUGGAUAUCAGGUUCUUAUUAAAAUAAUGAUUCCAUGUGAUUGUCAAUCCACAAGUCAUUUCAACUUUAGCGCUUGUUAAGAAUGUUUUUGAUUGUUAAUUGCUAAAAAUGAAAAAAAAUAUAAAAGAUUUGUUAAGCUGUCAACUUGUUCCAUAAAGAAUGUCAGAGAGACCAAUGCUUCUUACAAUGAAGAUGAAUGGGAUGUUCAUAACUCGAACAAAACAUAAUGACUGCAACAUCCUAGUCUGCCUCUCUCGCGCAACACAAUGUUUGUGCAUGGGCAUAAUGAUCAGUGCAACAAAGCAAAAGCCCAAGUGUUUCAUUAAAGCAAAAAGCCUGUUACUGGGCAAAACAAAUAAAGUUGUUGCUUUUUCUCUGUACAAGAACGGAAAUAAAUCCAUACGUGAAGGGAGAAAAUACUUAAUUUUUUGACAACCAAAUAAAAGGAUGUGAUUUCAAUUUAAAA